ACUUAUCUGUGUAAUUUCAAAAUUAUUGUAUUGGAUGUAAUGAGCAAGUGCUGGGCAGCACUAAGGGAGAUUGGAGAAAGCUCAGCACAGCAAAAGACUUCAAAUAAAAGGCUGUAGACAGGAUAUACUCCAAAGACGGAUAGUGAUGACAUCCAUCCAACAGGCUCUCUUAACUUUCACUGGAAACGGGGUGUCGCACCUUUUAGCCCUUCUCCCAACUGGAAAAACAAAAUGAAGGUGCUGAAGUAGUUUCUAAACUACAAGCCACCUAAACACAGUGGGCUGUCGGCAAGCGUGGAUGGAAGGUUUCCUCUGCGGGACGGGAGCACUUGCAGAGACCCGGGCAAGGCGAGCAGUCCCCUUCCCUCCGCCCGGGCUCCCCCGCGGCAGGAGGGCGGUGGGAGAGGGGAAGGGGGGCUCGGCGCCCGCCACGGGCGGUGAGAAGGAGGCCGGGCCGGAGGAGCGGCUCCGAGCCCGGGGCAGGCGGGCCGGGGCGGGCCGGGCGGCGGAGCCGCUGCCUGUCGCACACGGCGGAGCGGCGGCGGCCGAGGCGGGUCGCGGCAGAGGCAGGUGGCGGCAGCGGCCGCUCCCCCGCGGGAGCGCGGGCGUGGAGCCCCACCGCCGCCGCCAUGGAGAAGCAGCCCGGCGGCGAGGACGACUGCGUGGACUCGGGAGCCGAGACGGGCGGGUCUGAAUACAGCCGUAUGUCAUCUACCAGCAGUGAACUUUCUGUGGAAGGCAUACAAGACCCAUUCCUUGUUAGUGUACAUAUUAUCACAGACCCAGGUGAAUCCAAGACUCUUCAGCAAGCCAUCGAUAAGCUUCUAGCCUGGAUCCAUCCAGACCUCCAGCUGUUUCGAGUCUCAGAAAGACGAGUGCCCAAGAAGCGCAGGAGGCCAUGUAAGGCUGGUGUUUCUCAGCCAGCCCUGGCUGUCAUUCUCUUUCUGCAGGAGGAAUAUGGAGAAGAACCAAUCUUGCAGCUCCACGAAACCUUUCAGCGGCCACCUUGGCGUUACCACCACACAGAAAAAGUGCAUGGGAAGUUCCUCCCUUACAUGCCAUGCAGCCAGGACUUCUACACUUUGGCUCCAGAGACUCCUCUGUGGGCCAUUCGCCCAGUGCACUACGGGAAAGAAAUUAUCCGCUUCACUAUAUACUGCAGGAGUGAAAACUUUGUUGACAUUUUGAAAUUGUACGAGUUAAUACUGAAAAGACCAGUGUGUCAGAAAAAAAUGGACUUUUGUGUUUUUCCUGUCUAUUCUAACAUGGAAAUAGACAUUCAGUUUUCUUUAAAAAAACUUCCAAAGGGCCAGGUGCCAAUACCGACAGAGUCAGCGGUGCUGGAGUUCAGAGUAAAAGAUGUGGGGCAGCUUGUGCCUCUCUUGCCCAACCCUUGCAGCCCCAUCAGUGAAGGCAGGUGGCAGACAGAAGACCACGAUGGAAAUAGAAUCCUUUUGCAGCAAGCACGCAGUUGGUGUAGGAAGUCUGAAAAGCAGAACAAGCAACCAUAUCCAUCUGUGUCAACAGAUUCCCACUUCACCACUCUGCCAACCUUUCUUCCUCAGAGCCACAAGUCUGUCCCUGAACAACCAAAAGAAAUGGGUCAAAACAAGGUACAUCACGCAAACAGCCUUGGUCAUUAUCUUGGUUUCUCCCAGCAGGACUUGAGACACAGUGAUCAAGGAGAUUUCACACGCAGAUCCAGCAGUGCUUCCAGCAUUUCAUGGUCAUUUCAACGAAGCAAGUCUCUAUUCUGCUUGCCCACAGUGAACUCCUCCUCAGCCGCAGAGACCUUUCAUUUCAGUGAACCAUUUAACUUUUUAAGUACUGGGUCAUCUGCAACCAGGUUGAAAACAUGGAAAUGCAGCCCCAGGCUUAACAUUGAUGACUUGGAGGGUGCCCAGGAGACUGAUGUAGACACGGGAAUGAAGCUGUCCUUCUCAGACCUGUCUGUGGUCUCUGCAUACUCUGCCCUUAAUGGAUUUUGCAAUGACUUGGAAGCCUCUCUUCCCCCACAGAAACAAACUGUCAGUAAGGCUAAACAGGCAGCCACCAGUAGAAGGCCUGUAUCAGCCAUGUGCAAUACCUUUGAGUCAGUUGAUGGUUCACUGCCUUCUCUUUCUGAAUGGUCUUCCAGCUCAUUCACGUUAGCAUCGUACUCCAAGCAACCCAAACAGUCCUUGAGACCAGCUCCCUGUUCUCUGGAUGAUCGUGCUACUGUUUGUCCACCUUCACCAGCUAAUGAAGAAGAAUUUUACAUCUGAAGUUUCUUUAUCUUACAACUUCCAGGGAAAACAUGUUCUACUUGUGAAUGACAGCAGUGGGCACACAUUGAGCUUGCUCCUUACUGAGGAGAGGUGAUGCAGCACAGCAUGCUAAAUAUUUGGAGAAUGCACUGGGAUCCCUCAAACAUGUGUGUCCCCAGACAAUUUAUAGUACAGCAGUCUGAACUUGUGCCAUACAGCUUUGUACUGGAGGGAACAACCAGCACAGAGGCUUGUCCAUGGCAGUGCAAAGUGGAUGGUUUAUUUGACUGGCCCUUGGACUGGUGGUGAAGGAAAUACCAGAAGAGGCAACUUUCUUUGGCAGAAAAUGAAGAGUAAUUUGUGACACCAAACUACUUUAGCUUUUCUGAGAAAUUCCCUUAACUCAGGAAGGAUGGGAGGAGGAAGGAGUCUUCUUUCCCUUUCACAAGUUCCAAAUGCAGCUCUGAGCACAGCAGGUCCCAGUAGCACAUCUCCUGUAGAGUCAGGCAAGACAUUUCCUGUGGGGACACACAUGGUGCCUUCUAACUUCUGAGAAUUGACAGUGCUGAGGUGGGGAGAAGCUUCACUCCUUCCCCAGGGAAGAGAAAGCUCCGCUGUAUUUCUUCGACAGUCCGGGAUGCAAAAAGUGCCAAAAGGGAAACCUUACAGAACAUUUUCAAAAAGCCCAUCCUUUGCAGCUGGAAGCGAGCCAUUGGGGCUGUUGUCUGACCUGCUUGUGGAGACAGUGGUAAUCCAAGUAAACAAUGUUUGCUACUUCCAACUCAGGCAGUGAAGAGCUUACAUUUUUGGAAUACAAAUCAAGGAAAGUAAAGCAGUGUUUUUAUAUAUUUCUACACCACUAGUCCCAAAUAUAUGGCAGCUCCCUAUUUUUUAAAGGAUUACCAUUUUUCUGUUAAAAAUAAUUAAUACAAGAACUUAUUUUUUAUUCUUCCAGUGUAAGCAUACUUCUUUCUGGGUAAAACACACUUCUUCUCAAAUACCUGUAUCCAAAGGGAAAACAAGUCACAUUUUACUGGCUUUUCAAGUGAUAAUUUUAAAUAUGCAUUCUUGUUGACCUAUUUUGCUCCAAUUAAUCUGGUAUUAAAAAAAAAAAAGUAAGUAGAAAGCUGUUAAUAUGACAGCUAAGUACCUCCACCGGGAUUUAAGUUCUAUAUACAGAUUGUAUCAUGCAUGUUCUGAAAAGUUACAUUUUUGAGAGAGAAGUGGCACUGAUUGCAGCUCUGGUCUAUGAAGUGAGAAAAUGACCAUGUUAAAAGGUGUAUGUGUAAUACUGUAUGCAACCUACAUACAGGUACAGAUGCGGAAGACCUACCAUGGUGGCAUUGUGGUAGAUGGAAUAAAAAUGCCUUUAUGGAGAAAAAUAUUUGUUAUAUUACCAAGGAGUUUUGCUCAGAAGAAUUGCUGCUGUGGGAAAAGGAAAAAAGAAAAAAAAAAAAGCACACACAUACUCUAAAUAACAUUUACAAAAAGUAGAACAGCUCCCCUGGCCCAUUUAAGUAAAUGCACAGUUUGUACAAACAAUUCUGGAAUAAAACCUGGGGGAAAUUGAGUACAGGUUUAUAGGAGAGUGGGGGGGAUUACAUUAAACCUGCACCCCUAAUCCAGAAGAGGCCAGAGGGACAGUCAAGAGUCAGGAUGCUGCUCCUCAAGUCUUCUUCCUUUUACUGUCAUUUUUCUCCACACAGGGAAAGAGGCUAAAGUCCAAGUCUCGUCUUUGUGAGAUGCUAUCAUAGCAUGUACCAGAGGUAGACCUUGUCUUUCGUGCUAAACAUGAUGUAUAAAUAGAAAAAUAAGAGCACAGGAGAUUAUCAGCCUCCUCCUGCCCUCCAAACUGUUUAGGCUUACUGCAAUUUUGGGUAAACUGUUCUCUUAAGAAAUGUCUGGGACCAGAAAUAGCACAAAUGAAGGAUUUGUCAUGGUGUGCGUGUGUUUACCUGCUCUACACUCCUUGAGAGUCCAUGCAGUCUUUGUGCUGACGUUUGUGGCCUUUAGAUCAAACCCUCUCCGAACACAGCAGACCCGAUUUAGCGAGAGUUGUGCUCCAUGUUGUUGUUUGUACCCUGUCAAAAUACUUGUAAAGCACUGUGAGGUCAGACCAGCAGUUUUUCCAUCAGCUUGCAAUUCACCAUGUGGGCAGCAAUGCUUGGGACAGUCAGGCUCCACAGGUUUAAACUUAUGGUCCAUUAUUUUCUGUCAUAUUCGUUUUAGUACGAAACUAAACGAUGAAAUAGUAUUGUAUAUUUAUGGGACAGGCAUUUCAUCAACACUACCCACUUCCAGAUAUGACAACUACCAGGAUAAAUUUGGUUCAAAUCUGUUAAAAAAUUUAGUAUUUCAUUAUUUGCAACAGAAAAAGACUUUUAAAAAUCUCUUUCUCAAUAUUUUAGUAAUACAGAUAACAUUUGAUGUGAACAUGGAAUCAAAAACUGAUUUGAGCUGAUGUGUCUGUCUGAUCCUGGAAUGAUGCCAACAUCCAGACUCCUGACAAAAGCUGACUGGGGCUUUUAACAAAGAGGAGUCUUUGAAACAUCAUUCUGCCUAGGAUGUGCCUCUGCAAGGAGUUCAGCACAUCCAGGGGUCCUAUCCUGUCGCGGCAGGAACCACUGGAGGUCUGGUACUGGAGGUCUGCAGACAAGCACAGGACUGCUCAAGUGUCAAUCGUGAGGCUCAUGUGUGGCAUUAACCAGCAGCUCCAAAAAUAAUCUCAGCUCUGGAUUUUACCACGUUAAUCCUAAUGGGAAGAAAGCCAAAUGAGCUUCCACAGACUCUGAAUUUAUGCUGUCUCCAAGUAUUUCUGUUCUGUUUACUGAUACUUAACUAGAAGUGAAAGUUUUCAUUGUUUACAUUCACGGUGCUUGUAACCAAAUUUUUUAAUAACUGAGUAUCCUACUGUCAGGAAAAACAGAGAUGAUAGUGUACAUAAAACAUUUUGUCUAUAAUAAAGAAAGCCAGAUUUUGAAGAGUGUUUCACUGAAGGUAAGCUUCAUUAAUUCUCUUCACAUUAUUUAAGCAGGGGUUGAUUUCUUCAGAGACUCUAACAUGUACAAGUUUCAUGAUAUUUCUUAUGUAUCAUAUUGUUUUGGUUAAAUUAUGAACAAUGUCAUUUGAGAACUUGAAAUUUUCCCUGAAAUUUCUCUCCUUCGCACCCCAGAAUGCAUUGCUCCUUUGAAAUAAAAUAGAGAUGAAAAGUCA